UGAAAGCUCACCUCCAGCGGCUCGAACAGCUGGCCGCGUGCACUUGGCGACGUAAUUUUUGUUUGUUUUGUUGUUGUUGCUGUUGCUGCUGUGGAACGAUCGCUGCGGGAAAACCAGUUUGUGGAAGUGGAUGUGGCCAACAUAACUGCAACGGCAUCUCACCAACUACUAUUACAAGCCAAAUACGCAGACACGGUUGGCGGAACAGAGACAGCGGAUGCCUGGCGAAAAGAAAGUUUUGACGCAAUCCGCGGCCUCUGCCUGUAAUGAAGAAGCGUCGCCGCCGCAGUAACUGCUGCACUCUGCCCGCGUACGGACGCAUUUGCUCCAGCAUCGAAAUUGGAAUUGGAAGUGGAAUUCGAACUGGAAGUGGACAACGGUCGGCGAACAACGGAGCAUCGGACAACAAAAGCGGCCAUUGGCAGCGGGAAAAAAGUGAAAUCGCUGAUAAACCCGAAUACCCCCCAGACUUUUUUGUCAGUAAGUCAAUCAAUGAAUGGCCUGGCUCUGAACCUGGAAUCUAUUUCGGGAUCUUGGCGAAUUUGCGCUCACUUGGGCGAAGCAGAGAUAAUAGUGAAGUAAUCGCGGCGACAUCCCCACGCUCCGUCGAGCAUGACACUCAAAUGCCAUUAAAGAGUUGGCAGUCGCAGCAAUAAAAGUGAAAUCCGAACGAGCAAAUAUACGCACACCGAAAGCAAAACCAAAGCAGUUCCGACACAGACAUGGCGGCAACCACAGGCUCUAGCAGCAAAGCCACUGCUACCACCAGCAGUACCACCGCCACUACUCCCGUUCCGCGACGCAAGCACAGCACCCGGGAGCAGCUUCACCAAAUGUUGGCCGGCGGUCUAUCGGCUGCCAUCACACGUUCCACCUGCCAGCCGCUGGACGUGCUCAAGAUCCGCUUUCAGUUGCAAGUGGAGCCGCUGGGCAAGUUCCGUGGCAAGGAGGCAGCCGGAGCAGGAGGAGCCCUGACCUCUAAAUACACAUCAAUUGGACAGGCGGUGAAGACAAUCUACCGUGAGGAGGGACUGCUGGCCUUCUGGAAAGGUCACAAUCCCGCCCAGGUGCUGAGCAUCAUGUACGGUAUCUGCCAGUUUUGGACUUACGAACAGUUAAGCUUGUUGGCUAAGCAGACGAAGCACCUGGCCGAUCAUCAACAUUUGUCCAACUUUUUAUGCGGCGCUGCUGCCGGUGGAGCGGCGGUGAUCAUUUCCACUCCUUUGGACGUGAUUCGCACCCGACUGAUCGCCCAAGACAAGAGUAAAGGAUACCGGAACGCAACGCGGGCUGUGUCAGCGAUUGUGCGACAGGAGGGACCGCGUGGCAUGUACCGCGGCCUGUCCUCCGCCCUGCUGCAGAUCACGCCGCUGAUGGGAACCAAUUUUAUGGCCUACCGCCUGUUCAGCGACUGGGCGUGCGCUUUCAUGGAGGUGGGUGACCGCAGUCAACUGCCCACAUGGACGCUGCUGGGACUGGGUGCCUCCUCGGGCAUGCUGUCCAAGACGAUAGUGUACCCCUUCGAUUUGAUCAAGAAAAGGCUGCAGAUACAGGGCUUCGAGUCGAACCGUCAGACCUUCGGCCAGACGCUGCAGUGCCGCGGAGUCUGGGAUUGCAUGCAACUCACCGUGCGGCAGGAGGGCGUGAGGGGCUUGUACAAGGGCGUGGCCCCCACACUCCUCAAGUCAAGCAUGACGACGGCCCUGUACUUCAGCAUUUACGACAAGCUCAAGCAGGUGCGCUUCUAGGUCGCACUCGAAGCCGGGCCAUUAUGUGUGCCUACAUCCCAGCCCAGUGGGUGCUACCAGACAGAAUCUACACUGUAUUUUCUAUUUUUAUAUAUAUUUAUUUAUAUAUAAAUGAAUAAUAUUAAGGCAUAGGCUAACUGUUGAUUAGUUUUCGGUUAUGCAAACGGGGUUCUGUUUAUCUUAGACCAAUUGACUUGGCCAGCGCCUUAUCACAGCACAAAACACACUUAGCUCAUCAGUUAAGUUUAAAUAUAUGUUUAGUUUGUAGAAAUUUAGCCGAAAAAAGCCGAACAUGGCUUCAAUAAUACAUGAAAUCCAUAUUUUUAUAAUUAUUUACCUUCUGUUGAUUCAGCAGAACAAGGAUGGUUUUGUUCUUUAAUUAUUUUUAUUAAAUUUAAGCAUUCAGGGACUUUAAUAAAACUUGACUACAUCACA